AUGUGGGUACUCCGUGGGCCCUCGCGGCGUGCGGGACGCGCGAGAUCUCGAGCUCCACUGCGCCGGCGCGGUCGUCGCCAGAGAAAUUACCUCCGAAGCGCGAUCCGAAUGAGAACUUUCACCGCUAAGAUUCUUCUAAGAGCAAAAAUUCUAAUACAUUCGUGUUCCAAUAUGGCCGCCGCGGUUCCCGCGCCGCAGACGGCGGUCCCGGUUACCUGCGUCACGCACACAGGCGCGCGCGCAAACACAGACGGCGGGAGACGUGACACAGACGCGGCUCUAAUGCCGCUG